AGGGCUCAGCACACGAGCCACCUGCCACUGUAAACCGGGUCUUCGUGAUCCUCCUCGGCUUCUCCUUUCUGCUUCACCUCCUCACUCUGGACUCAGCAGUCGUCUUAAACUCAAAUCGAGGACGGAGGACAGAAGGGGGUGAGGACGAGGAGAAACAUGCCAACCGUCAAGAGCAAGAAGAAGAAGCCGAAGAAGGAGGUCCAUGAUGGAGAGGAGCAGGGAGACGCUGGUCUGGAGGUGGAGAUGGAGGAAGUGACCAGUAGGAGCCCCAGCAGAGACCCUUUGACCCCAGAGCCACAGGAUCCAGCACCACAGAAGAAGAAGAAAAAGAAGCGGACGCCAACCAUGGAUCAGGACACAGAACAUGUCGACAUGCCAAACGGCAACAUGGACGAGACCGGCAUGGACGGACAGGAAGUGGCCGUUGCCGUUACCAGAAAGACCAGAAAGAAGCGGAAGGCGAAGGCGACGGAGCACUACAGCAACGAGCUGGGAGCCGAGGACGACGACAUCAUCACAGACGCCCAGUCCCCCAUCCCCCAGACUUCCCUGUUCUCCGCCCCCCACGGCCACAGCCAGCCGGUUGGAAAAGUCUUUGUGGAGAGGAACCGGCGUUUCCAGGCAGAGCGAGUCGAUCAGCUCCGACACUCGGAGCUGAUGGAUGACUACAUGGACCUCAGACAGAUCUGGACCACCAGAGACGUUGCUAUGAGGGUCCACAGCGGCUUCAGGGUGAUCGGGCUCUUCUCUCACGGCUUCCUGGCGGGCUACGCCGUGUGGAACAUCAUCGUCGUGUACGUGUUGGCAGGUGACCAGAUGACCACGCUGCCCAACCUGCUGCAGCAGUAUCACCUGCUGGCCUAUCCAGCUCAGUCUCUGCUCUACCUGCUGCUGGCCAUCAGCACCGUGUCUGCGUUCGACAGGGUGAACCUGGCCAAGGCCUCCAUGGCCCUGAGAGGCUUCCUGACGCUGGAUCCUGCUGCUCUGGCGUCUUUCUUGUAUUUCAUAGCCCUGAUCCUGUCCCUCAGCCAGCAAAUGACCAGCGAUCGCAUCAACCUGUACCCCACGGCCAACGAGACUCUGUGGCCUCCGGGCUCAGAGCAGCAGAUCCUGCGGCCGUGGAUCGUAGUGAACCUGGUGGUGGCGCUGUUGGUGGGCCUGGCGUGGGCUGUGGUCUCCACGCGGCCGGACGUCGAUUACACAGAAGAGUUUUUGAUGACGAUGGAGGUGGAGGGAUACCCGAGAGGAGACGAGACUCUGGAUGUCCCUGCAUGAGACUCAGCUGCUGAGUCAUCUUUUGUCUUCACUUCAUGUAUGUUUUUGUACAAUGUGUUAUCUAGUGCUUUGUUUACCUCACUGUGAUUUUGUAAAUAAAGAUAAACAGUACAUGUACA